AUGACGGACACGCCCUUAGAACCCAUCGCAGUGAUAGGGUUCGGAUGUCGCUUCCCCGGAGGCGCCGACACUCCCUCCAAGCUCUGGUCAGUCCUUCGCAACCCCGAGAAUCUAAGCAAGAAGCCACCAACAGACCGCUUCAACGUGGACGCCUUCUAUCACCCGGUCGGUACUCAUCAUGGCACUACGAACGCCACCCAGUCCUACUGGUUAGAAGACUCGGAGAGAAGCAAUGUGGCACAGUUCGACGCCGGCUUCUUCAACAUCCAGCCGGCCGAGGUAGAUGCCAUGGAUCCGCAACAGCGGAUUCUAAUGGAAGUCGUCUACGAUGGUCUCUGUGCCUCAGGUCAACCCAUGGAGAAGCUCCGUGGUUCAGACACAGCAGUAUACGUGGGGUUGAUGUGUGACGACUACCAGUCGAUGUUGACGAGCGAUUGGGAGACCUUUCCUCGAUACACAGUGACAGGUGUUGAAAGGGGUAUCCUAGCAAAUCGUCUGUCAUACUUCUUUGACUGGCAUGGGCCAAGCAUGACUGUAGACACGGCUUGCUCAAGCAGUAUGGUUGCCCUGGAUCAAGCCGUGCAGGUACUUCGAAGCGGCAAGUCAAAGAUGGCCGUGGCUGCUGGCGCUAAUUUGAUCUUAACCCCUGUCAUGCACAUAAACGAAGCUAGUCUUGGCAUGCUUUCUCCUAGCGGUCGCUGUGCCAUGUGGGAUACGUCCGCAGACGGCUAUACCCGCGGAGAGGGCAUCGCAGCAGUAUUCGUCAAGACGCUAUCUCAAGCUCUUGCGGACAACGACCCCAUCCAGUGCAUUCUUCGUGAGACCGGAGUCAACCAAGAUGGUCGAACUCCUGGUCUUACUAUGCCUAGCAGCUCAGCGCAGGCGCAGCUGAUACGGGAUUGUUACGCGAGAAUAGGCCUUGACCCGGUUAACAACCCUAGGGAUCGGCCCCAGUUCUUCCAAGCGCAUGGAACAGGCACACAAGCCGGCGAUCCGCAAGAAGCCGCCGCGAUAUCCACAGCAUUCUUCCCUUCAAGUUCUCUAGCAGCUAACGAAGGAGAUAAGAUGCUUGUCGGUUCCAUCAAAACUGUCAUCGGCCAUACCGAAGGGACGGCCGGAGUAGCAAGUAUCAUCGCGACAUCGUUAGCACUCAAGAAUGGCAUCGUCCCUCCUAACCUUCAUUUUCACAACUUAAAUCCUAAAGUGGCUCCAUUCUUCAACGGCCUAGCUAUCCCUACGACUCCAAUAGCUUGGCCAACUGAAAAUGGUGAAGUUAAGAGGGCAAGCGUGAAUAGUUUUGGCUUCGGUGGCACAAACACCCAUGCGAUCCUAGAGGAAUAUGUUCCAAUUCCCAAGGCCGGAGUCGAGGCAUCUUCAAGUCUCCUUUUCACGCCCCUGACUUUCUCCGCCCACUCCGAGACAGCGCUCCGGAACAUGUUAUCAUGGCAUCUCGACUACUUCCUUGAUAACCCCAACGCGCCACUUGCAGACGUCGCAUACACUCUUCAGCAUAGGCGUUCUACGUUGACUUAUCGCAAGGCUAUCGCUGCUGCAACGGUGGAGGAAGCAGUCAACUCUCUUAAGGAGCUUACCAGCGACGAUACGGCCGACCUAAGCACCCGAUUCGGUACUCCCCAAAAACCCAAGGUCCUGGGGGUUUUCACUGGUCAAGGAGCUCAAUGGCCACGCAUGGGUGCCCAGCUCAUCGAAUCCUCUCCUUUUGCCGCGUCCCGCAUCGAUGACUUAGACGCAGCUCUGCAAAGCCUCUCCAAUCCCGCAGACCGACCGACUUGGACUCUUAAGGAACAGCUACUCGCCGGGAAAGAAGAGUCGCGGAUUGCGGAAGCGGCACUUUCGCAGCCUCUAUGCACGGCGGUACAGGUCAUCCUAGUCGACAUCUUGCGAGAAGCUGGAAUUUCUUUCACCGCCGUCGUCGGCCACUCAUCUGGUGAGAUCGGCGCUGCCUACGCCUCGGGCCUAGUCACCGCCGAAGACGCCAUCCGCAUCGCGUAUUUCCGCGGUGUCCACGCGAAGCUCGCCUCAAGCCCUAACCCCCACCGGCCCCGCGGUGCCAUGAUAGCCGUAGGUACCUCCGCAGAAGAAGCCUACCUCGUCUGCGCCGGAGAUUUCGCAGGUCGGUUGCAGGUCGCGGCCGUAAACUCCAGUUCUAGUAUCACACUGAGCGGUGAUGAGGAUGCUGUUGAUGAAGCGGAGAAGCUUUUCAGGUCCCGCAAUAUUUUUGCGCGGAAGCUGAAGGUCGACACGGCUUACCACAGUGCGCAUAUGGAUACAUCCGCCGGUCCGUAUCUUACCUCUCUACAAAAUGCCGGGUUCACGACUCCUAAAAAUGAGGUGUCUGGCACUACUUGGUUUUCCAGUGUGCGCGAAGGCGAAAUCAUGACUCAGGAGAAGCUCUCAUCGCAAUAUUGGGCUGACAAUAUGUGCAACGCCGUCCUGUUCGCUGGUGCUCUUGCGCAAGCUACCCAUACGGUUGGUGAUUUUGAUCUCGCCAUUGAGGUCGGCCCACACCCUGCCCUGAAGGGCCCUGCUAUGGCCACAAUCGGAGACAUCCCUUACACCGGGCUACUUUCUCGAGGCCAAAAUGAUAUCGAGCAGUUGAGUGCAGCGUUGGGGUAUGUUUGGACUCAGCUAGGUUUCGACAGCGUCCAAUUUUCCGCCGUCCAGACUCUUCUAUCUGGUAACGAGAGCAAGACUGUCCUUGAUGAUCUUCCACCUUAUCCAUUUGAACACCAGCGGACUUACUGGACGGAAAGCCGGAUCGCCAAUCACUUCAAGAACCGUAGCACAUCCCAUGCUCCUAACCCCGUCCUAGGUACACGCUGUGCUGAAGCGAACACGCCUGGCGAAAUAUCGUGGCGUAAUGUCCUGAGGCAGAAAGAAAUCAGCUGGCUCAAAGGCCACAUGCUCCAGGGGCAGACUGUUUUUCCCGCUACAGGUUAUGUUAGCAUGGCAAUUGAGGCCAUCAAAGCUGUUGCACUUGAUAGCAAUCCCGAUAUUCCAAUAGGUGUCUUAAAAUUGGACGACGUAGAGAUCGGCCGUGCCAUCACUUUCGACGACGACAACUCCAGUGUUGAGACCAUAUUCAGCAUUUCUUCUGUCGAUGCAACAGAGACGGCGGUAUCCGCAGAAUGGGCCUGCUACUCUGUGCUCGCUGGUAGCACUGUUCUGAACGCCAAGGGGCGAGUUCAAUGCCAACUUUCCACGUCUGAGCCAGAUGAAAUCCCUCUCAUCAAAGCCGGUGAUAACUAUGACCUAGUCAACAUCGACGAGAAGCAAUUCUAUGACAACCUGUCUGGCGUAGGAUACGGAUACUCACCACCCUUUCAAGGGCUUUCCAACAUCCGCCGCAAGCUCGGCUAUGGCGCUGGAACGCUGUCCGACCAAUCCGGGUCAGCGUGGGAGGACAAUCUCGUCCUACACCCCGGAACUCUAGACUCCGCUUUACAAACUGUCUUCGCAGCCUGGGCCUAUCCUGGUGAUCCUCAAAUCUGGUCUCUUCAUGUCCCCGUCUCCAUCGCCGCUAUCACCAUCAACCCGUAUUACACCGCACUAGGCGCCGGCGGUAAACAGGGUGCUAUGCAGUUUGAAACGUAUAUCCGAAGCAAGAGCCAUUCUAAAAUUGUUGGUGACAUCUAUCUGAACGCCGAAGAUGGCUCCCACGCAUCCCUGCAGAUGGAGGGCGCAACAAUGGUACCAUUCAGCCCGGCCACCUCCAAGAACGACCUCCCCAUGUUCUCGCACUUCCAACACACGGUCGCCUCGCCUGAUGGAGAGCUUUCGACGUCUGGGGAGAGAUUGACACCUUACGAGGUUCAAGUUUAUAAAGACGUUGAUCGUGUUUCGUAUUGGUACGCUCGCAACAUUUCAAAAGAUAUUCCCGCAAAGGAGCGUCAUGGCCUCCUCCCACACUACCAGAACUAUUUGAAGUGGUGUGACCGAAUGGUAGAUAUGGUUAGCCGGGGUGAACUUCCAAAGGUUUCCGCUGAGUGCAACGCGGAUACUCGCGAUGAUAUCACUCGUAUCUUAGCCCAAUAUCAAGAUCGUCUAGAUAUCCGUUUCGUUCAAGCUGUCGGCGAUAACCUAGAACACGUUAUUCGCGAAGGUACUUCGAUGCUUGAAUACAUGAACAAGGAUGGCAUGCUCCGCGCUUUCUAUGAGGAAAAUGCUCUCUGUGCUGGCCCUACCACUCGAUGGCUCGCCCGCAUCCUUAGCCAGAUUUCUUCUCGUUACCCUGGUGCCAAUAUCCUGGAAGUCGGAGCUGGUACUGGAGCCACAACUUCAGCUAUUCUAGGGUCUAUCGGUGAAGCAUAUGCCUCUUACACUUUCACAGAUAUUUCCAGUGGUUUUUUCAUGGCAGCCGAGGAGAGGUUUGGAAAACAGACGAACCGCAUGGUAUUCAAGACGUUCAAUAUGGAAAAGGAACCAGCGAGCCAAGGAUACGUCGAGGGAGAAUACGACGUUGUUGUAGCUGUAAAUGUUCUCCACGUUUCAGUGGACAUGGAAAAUACCUUGGCUAAUGUCCGCCGGCUCUUGAAGCCUGGUGGGUUCUUAGUCGUAGGCGAGCUCACCUCUACCGAUUUGCUCUUCACCGGUAUGACAGUCGGUACGCUACCUGGCUGGUGGAUCGGUGCUGAGACAGGUCGCACUUGGGGCCCAUUGCUUAACCUGAAUCAGUGGGAUUCAACACUGAAGAACACUGGGUUUGCGGGCAUAGACACGGUAACACCGGACAUCAGCGCAUCGUUACCGUUUAGCGUAUUUGUUGCCCAGGCCGUCGAUGAUAAGAUCUCGAUGCUGCGCAACCCUCUAGCUGUCGAAAAGCAUCCUGAGGGUAUAAACACCGAUAAUCUUGCUAUUAUUGGAGGAACCACAUACUCUGUCAACAAACUUGGUCGGGACACUAGCGACAUUCUUUCGUACCGCUUCCGCAACAAGCAGUUCUUCAACACUAUUGAAGAGUUCGCUUCUUCUGAGAUGGCAAACGCAGCAGCAAUCACCGUCCUCUCUCUCACAGAUCUAGAUGAACCCUAUUUAAAGAAUCUGACAAAGGCCAAAUUCGAAGGAUUAAAGACGCUAUUUGCUGCUGCGGGCACCUUAGUCUGGCUGACACAGGGUUCGCGAGAGGAUAACCCUUAUAACUACAUGAUGGCAGGCCUGAUUAAUACCAUCAAGACCGAGUAUCCCACCAUGACAGCUCAGACUUAUGACUUAGAUUCAGAUGCUGGUAUUGAACAUAAUACCGCGGAUGAUCUAGCGCAAAUGUUACUAAGACAACUUGCUCUCCGCCGCUGGGGUGACGAUGGUGAUUUAUUAUGGUCGACCGAGUCCCAGAUCUUCAUCAGCGAGGGCAAACAACUCAUCACCAGGCUCAAGCCCGACACGCAGAAGAACGACCGAUACAACGCCCGAAGAAGAGAUGUGUUCGCGGCAGUCAAUCCUAUCAAGGAGGCUCUUGAGCUCGUGGGAACCAGCCAGGGCCAAGACAGGGCUUUAGAAUUACGCAAGGUAUCGCCCUUGGUUCAUUCCCAAAAACCGUCGACGCAAUACCGUACCGUAAGAAUUACCCAUUCGCUACUCCAAAGUGUUGCUGUCGGUACUGCAGGCUUUUUCAGGUUGUGUGUAGGGACCGACGUCCAGACCGGCGACUUAGUUCUUGCUCUGUCCGACUCCAAUAGGUCUCCCGCGAACAUCCCAGCAUACAACUGCAUUGUACUCCCUGAGACACCGACAGCAUCGACACUCACGUCAGUCGCCGCGAAUCUUAUCUCAGAGCAGAUUCUCUCGCUCACUCCAAAGGGAGCCACUCUCCUCGUCAACGAAGCAGACUCGGCAGUGCAAUCCGCGUUACAAGCGAAGGCGAAUUUCAAAAAUAUUAGGACGAUAUUCACAACCGCCACUUUCGGACAGGAGAAGAACAGCCACUCGGUCUUCCUCCACCCGCGCUUCCCGCAGCACGUUAUCCGUUCGUUAGUCCCAACAUCAACCGCCGUCUUCCUACAUUUCUCGCGCGGCUCUCAGUCGGACGCGGUCAGGGACGUGCUCGUCAACUAUUUGCCGCCAGCGUGCGUAAGACUCUCAGAGGAAGCCUUGCUCAGUAAUGAGGUCAAAUCAUUCUCCGAGACCAACUUAGCGCAGAUCUUGAAGAAAGCUUGGGAUGGAGCUCGCGCAUCCAGCUCCGCUGUGGUUGACCCCGUUUCACUUGAGGAAGUAUCCAAGCACGCAGCUAUCGGAGAGGAAUUAACAAUCUUAGACUGGACAUCCAGCGCCUCCGUCGCAGCCAAGGUGCAAACAGUUGACUCAGGUACAUUGUUCCGCGCCGACAGAACAUAUCUCUUUGUAGGUAUGGCAGGUGAGCUCGGCCAGUCGCUUGCACGAUGGAUGAUCGAGCACGGAGCCCGGUACGUAGUCCUCACGAGCCGUACCCCGAAAGUAAACGCGCGCUUUGUCGAAGAUAUGGAAAGCCAGCACAACGCCAUCGUCAAGAGCGUGUCCCUAGACAUCACAUCCCCAGAAUCACUACGCUCCGUGCACAAGACCAUCACUGCGACCCUCCCACCGAUCGGGGGCGUCAUGCACGGCGCCAUGAUCCUCGACGACGAGAUUCUGCGCAACAUGACACACGAGCAAUUCGUCCGCGUAGCCAAACCCAAAGUUCUCGGCGCUCAGCUCCUCGACGAGCUCUUCCACACCAACGCCACCCUCGAAUUCUUCAUCUGCUGCUCUAGCAUCUCCUCCGUCAUCGGAUGGAGCGGACAAAGCAACUACGCGUCCGCAAACGACUACAUGAGCUCGCUAAUGUGCAACCGACGCAAACGAGGCGUCGCGGGUUCGACGAUCAGCAUCCCCGCCGUCUUAGGCGUAGGCUACGCCGCGCACUCCGCGGCCUUCGACUUCGAGUACAUCAAAUCGAUCGGGUACACCAACAUCGGAGAAGAAGACCUCCACGCGCUCUUCGCCGAAGCCGUGCUUUCAGGACGGCCUGGACAAGCUUCCGAGGUAAAAGCGCAAGUCGCGAUGGGCGUGGACUACGUGCGCGCGGACCUAAACGUCCGGGAGGCGCAUAAGCGCGACGUGCGAUUCAGCCACUUCGUGGUGCGGGAAGAUGCCGACGGCGGGGUUAAGACGCAGGGAGGCAAGGCCGGCGUCCGGGUCAAGGUGCAGCUGCAGGAGGCCAAGAGCGGGGAGGAGGCGUACGCGAUUAGCCGGGACGCGUUCCUGGUGCAUCUGAAGCGCAUGCUGCGCAUCCCCGCGGAAGAGAAGGUGGCUGAUUCGCUGACACUGAUGGAGCAAGGUGUGGAUUCGCUCGUGGCGGUCGAUAUUCGCUCGUGGUUUAUGAAAGAGUUGGAGGUCGAUGUGCCUACGCUUAAGAUAUUGGGGGGUGGCACUAUUGCUGACUUGGUCAAGACGGCGCUUGAUAAGAUGCCUAGCUUGCAGCCAGAGGAGGCUGUGCCAGUAUCGGAAGAGACUUCGGCGCCGUCGGCUGCCAAGGUGGAGAUACAUGAGCGGACUACGAGCUCGUCGCCGAAUACAGCGGGUAGCCCCGUCUUGUCUCCUGAGCAAUCUAGUUCUUCCGGUACUCCUUCUGAGCCCGACUCGGACUUGACGUCUCCGCCUGCCAUAGAUGUCGUGGAUAAGAUUGGUACCAUUGUCACUGUGACGGAGAUAGAGGUUAGCGACGUUGAAUCUUGA